UAUGGGUGUGUGUGUGGAGAGGUCUGCCAGGUUCUGCCCCUUAAAGUCUGGGGGCUGGCAGAGGCGGCGCCCUAGCCGGGAGAAAGUGCUGCUCAUUUUAGAGCAGUUGCGGUUCAUCCAGAGGAAUGUAAUCGGGGAAGUGGGAGCGAAGAGGGACGGGAGCAGGAUGAGCAGACCUCUGCUGCGGCCAGCCGGGGCCGGACAAUUCCUCCUGCUGUGGCUGCUGCUGCCCCCGGUGCUUGCGCCCAGGGUCGACGCUAGGAGGUCCUGGCCCUCGCUGCCGUGCCCCGCGACCUGCGAGCCGACGCGCUGCCGUCCGUUGCCCACCUGCCCGGCGGGGGCGACGCCGGUGCCCGACCGCUGCCGCUGCUGCCGCGCCGCAGAAGUCCCAACGCCCCCAAGAGUGGAGCAUUUCUUCACAGGCACCAGAAGCGCAGGCUGGCUCAGGAGCAGGUACAACUUCAUCGCCGCGGUGGUGGAGAAGGUGGCGCCGUCUGUGGUUCACGUGCAGCUGUUCCACAGGUCAUCUCUCAGCAGUGAGGAUAUUCCCGCAUCCAGUGGCUCUGGGUUCAUAGUGUCUGAGGAUGGGCUCAUUGUUACCAAUGCCCACGUCCUCACCAACCAACGGUGGAUCCAGGUGGAGCUCCAGAGUGGGGUCCAGUAUGAUGCCACUGUCAAGGACAUUGACCAUAAAUUGGAUCUUGCGCUGAUUAAGAUUGAGCCAAAUACUGACCUUCCUGUAUUGUUGCUGGGAAGGUCAUCUGACCUGCGGGCUGGAGAGUUCGUGUUGGCUUUGGGCAGCCCGUUUUCUCUGCAGAACACAGUGACCGCAGGAAUUGUCAGCACUACACAGCGAGGGGGCAAAGAGCUGGGGCUGAAGGAUUCUGACAUGGACUAUAUCCAGACUGAUGCCAUAAUUAAUCACGGGAAUUCUGGGGGGCCUCUGGUGAACUUGGAUGGUGAAGUGAUUGGCAUAAAUACACUGAAGGUGACCGCAGGAAUCUCCUUUGCAAUUCCCUCAGAUCGCAUUCGACAGUUCUUGGCAGAAUUCCAUGAGCGCCAGUUAAAGGGAAAGGCUCUUUCACGGAAGAAAUAUCUGGGUCUGCGAAUGCUGCCCCUCACUACGAACCUUCUUCAGGAAAUGAAAAGGCAAGAUCCAAAUUUCCCUGAUGUGAGUUCCGGGGUUUUUGUGUACGAAGUGAUUCAAGGAACAGCUGCCGAAAGCUCUGGGUUGAGAGACCACGAUGUAAUUGUCGGCAUAAAUGGGCAACCUGUUACCACCACAAGCGAUGUUAUUGAAGCUGUUAAGGACAAUGAUUCCGUUUCCAUCAUGGUUCGUCGGGGAAGUCAAACGGUGAUCCUGACAGUCACACCUGAAAUAAUCAAUUAAGUAUCUUCCUUUAGAGAGAAAUUAUCUAACAAAACCAAAGCCAUAUUACCUGGUUUGUACUGAAGAUGUGCCAAAGAUGGCAAGGGGUUUUAGGA